AUAAACCAUCUAGGGUUUCAUAUUCUCAUCUCAUUAUACACCAACUAGGGUUUCAGAAUCUCAUCUCAUUGAAACCAGAUUAUGGAGUGCAGAAAAGGCUUCCUAGAUCUUGUACUUGUGCCCUUGGCUUUUCUGCUAUCCAUCUUAUACCAUGCUUUCUUGUGGUAUAGAGUUAAGAAUCACCCUCUCAAGACUGUGAUUGGUAUCAACAGUAUUGGAAGGAGGCUUUGGGUUAAAGGCAUCAUGAAGGGUGGUAGUGAUAAAAAUGGAGUUCUAGCAGUGCAGACACUGAGGAGCAGCAUAAUGGGAUCCAUCCUGAUGGCAACAACUUCAAUCAUAUUGGGUUGUGGAUUGGCUGGUAUGAUCAGCAGCACCUACACUAUAAAAAAGCCUCUCAAUGACACACCCUUUGGCUCUCAUGGCAACUUCAUAUUGGCAGUUAAAUACUUGUUAAUACUCAUGUUUUUAAUCUUCUCUUUUAUCUGCCAUUCUCUGUCGAUCUGCUACCAGUGUGAAGUUGGCUCUUUGAUAGCGACUCCGAUAAGAAGGCAUGAAUUGGCCGGCCUUAUUAGUACAGACUAUGUCUGUGAGAUGUUGGAAAAAGGCUUCGCUUUCAAUAUAGUUGGUGACAGGGUCUUUUAUGGUGGGUUUCCUUUGCUUUUCUGGGUUGUAGGGCCUCUGCCAGUUUUCCUAGGAUCAGCACUGCUAGUGCCUGUUCUUUAUUCUACAGAUUUUGUUUCUUCUUCUGUAAUAGGUAAUAGAAAUACAGACAUCGAAACAAGAAAACAGAAGAAAGUAUCAGGUAAACUAGGUGAGAAAGAAGAAAGUAUCAGGUAAACUAGGUGAGAAUACCGUAUGUAAGUUGGGGGUGAGAACGAUGGGAUUUUAUAAUUUGCAAUGUCAUAUAUAGUUCACCACCUUGGGCAAGGAUGUAAUAGAUUUGAUCUUUGGUAUGCUAUUUUAUCAGGUAGAUUUGGUGAGAUUCGGUGAGAUUACUAUGUGUAAGUGUAAGGUAGAGGAUGAGGUUUAAGGGUUCGUCUUGUAAAGAGUUAAGUUUCAGAUCA